UGGCAACGCUGUCUCGAUACACCUCUCACAGUCAUUGAAAGCAUUGCCUUUUGCCACUGUCUAUAUUAAAAUGGCGGACAAGAGUCGGGUGUUGGAUCGUGACGGGAAGAUUCCAGAGAAUCAUGAAAAGGAGGGCAAGAGUAAAAGACCGGAUUUAUCUAAUUAUUGAAAAAUCAAUUUAAUUGGUCGUCAGAGCACCCCCACGACGUUCAUCUUUGCCCUGUGGCGGUGCGAAAAAACGAGAGGGAAAAAAGAAACAUCAGCCUUCCAAUUCCUCGAAGGAGAACAAUGAAAUAGUCCCCUUGGAUGGUGAAAUGCCUGGUGCAUGCAAUAUUUCCAUAAAGGAGAUUGAAAUGGCCAUGGAAGUUUUCAAAAUGCAACUCAAACCCGCUAAGACACAGGAGGAAGCUAUGCAGAAGGCUUAUCAAUUCUGGAGCACUCAACCAGUUCCCAGAAUGGAUGAAAAAAUUGUGGUUAAUGAACCCAUUGAACAGAAUAAAACGUCCAUCAGGCCCGAACCAUACUCUCUCCCCGAUGGCUUCCAGUGGGACACACUGGAUCUCGAUGAUCCAUUAGUCCUUGCAGAGUUGUACACGUUGUUGAGUGAAAAUUAUGUCGAGGAUGACGAUGCCAUGUUCAGAUUCGACUAUCCCCAGGAUUUUCUUAAAUGGGCAUUGCAGCCUCCCGGCUGGUGUAAAGAGUGGCACUGUGGAGUUCGUGUGAUAAAAAGUGGUCGAUUAGUCGGAUUUAUCUCGGCAAUUCCUGCCACUCUGCGUGUCUACGAUCACUCCCAAAAAAUGGUGGAAAUAAAUUUCCUCUGUGUUCACAAAAAACUUCGAUCCAAACGCGUAGCCCCAGUCCUAAUUCGGGAGAUAACGAGGCGAGUCAACCUUCUAGGAAUAUUCCAAGCUGUCUACACUGCUGGUGUCAUUCUACCAAAGCCCAUAGCCACCUGUCGCUAUUGGCAUCGUUCUCUCAAUCCAAAGAAACUCAUUGAAAUCAAAUUUUCACAUUUGUCACGUAAUAUGACGAUGCAGAGGACACUCAAGUUUUAUAAACUUCCUGAACAUCCCAAAGUGCCUGGAUUUAGAAAACUCGAGGCUAGAGAUGCCGUUCAAGCUUAUAAAUUGCUCAAUGAGUAUUUAGAAAAGUUUGAUCUGGCACCAAUUUUCAAUGAAGAGGAGUUUCGCCACUGGUUUACUCCCCACAAUGGCAUUAUAAACAGUUUUGUGGUCGAGAAUGACGGGAAAAUCACGGAUUUGGUGAGCUAUUACACUUUACCGAGCUCCGUGAUGCAUCAUCAAACGCACAAAACACUGAAAGCUGCUUACAGUUUCUACAAUGUCUCCACAAAAACACCGUGGAUUGAAUUAAUGACUGAUGCCCUUAUUUCAGCGAGAAACUUGGGCUUCGAUGUUUUCAAUGCCCUCGAUCUAAUGGACAACAAGGUAUUCCUGGAGGCCUUAAAAUUCGGUAUUGGCGAUGGAAACCUUCAAUACUACCUCUACAACUGGCGCUGUCCCAGCAUGACACCCAACAAAAUCGGUCUUGUCCUCCAGUAACUCAACAUACUGAAAUUAGUGACAAACCUGAUGCUUUUUUUUUUACUGCAAAUAUGAGUUCAGUGGAGUCCACGAGUUCGGUGGCUUGAGAAGAGUGGGAAAACAGUGAGGGGGCUGGGGGGGGGGGAGACUUCAUUUGACGAAUGGAGAGUAUUUAGUAGAAACAGAAGGGUGAAGAGUAUUUGCUUCGUAGCAAAGAACAAACUCAUUAUUUUAAUGAAAUAAUAGAUGAUAUUAUUUUUUUUUCUUCUACUUUUGAUUUACUUCGGAUUUUGAUGAUGAUUUUCCCGGGUAUUCACCAUUUUUUCCGCCGUUGUAUUCAAAAUUCUGCCAAAUCAUGAAAACUGGACGAUUUAUUAGAGAGUUGGUGAAUGAAAAAUAAAAAAUCGACAAAGCUAUUUGAACAA